CUGCUUAAGGAAAGACGUCAAGCUAAAGGCCUAGCAGUCAACACUUCCUCAGAGCCCGACACUGGGGAUCAGUCAAACCAUACUCCUUCCUUUGCUUCUGUAACUGCUGCUGAAAUUGUCCGUACCAUCAGGGACGCGAAAGAAUCGGAACUUUCUUUUAGGGACUCGUUAGCAAGACCAGGAAGCGAGGCCAUCGCAGAUCGUGCCAGUGAUAUGAGCUGUGGCACUUCUAUUAAACACAAAGAUGAGAUAUACGGAUGGAAGUCCUCUUCGUCGGCUUCAUCUACAAGGCAAAAUAGAAUUUCAUUUAGCUCACAUGGACUAAACUCCACUCGGCUCCAGCAUGACAGCCGAUCUUCCAAUAAUACUCUCAUUUUGCCAACCGCUUCAAGUUCGGAUAAAACCAAGGCUAACUUACAGGUAGCUGAGCAAGAUAAUCAACGGCUCAGAGACAUUUUAGCAGACGUCCAGCGCCUGGAGACCUGCUGUACAGGACUCCCUGAAUUGGACGAAAAGAUAAAUCAGGAGCCCGAGUUGAAAGACGAAUCAAGUGGACAUAAAUCUGUUUGGUCCGAGAUGGCAGUGAAUGACAUUGAUCGCCUUCUGAUGGAAGCUGGGCGAAAAGACUUGCUUCCUCCAACAAAACAAACUCUGGCUCCCUAUAUCACUCUUGCUCAGACAACCGCUUCUAGCCCACUGUUCGUACUCAACCACAGGCCAGAUAUCCACAGCCUGCCAGCCCUCAUAUCCUCUACCGGCUCCAUCUCGUCUGACCGGCUUCCAGACAGAGUCUUCGAGGCACCUCUUCAGUUACACUCAUUUGCAAAGGACAAAGAUGCUGUGGACAGGCGCGAUUUUAACUAUUAUGCAUUCAGAGAACAUGGUGGUGAGGCCUUGGGAAAGCAGAGUGAACGAAUGGGGGAACAGUCGUCUAGGUGA